AUUUACCCUUCGCCGAAGGAUGGUUGGAAGGUGUACAGCUCGGCCCAGGAUGCAGAGGGGAGGUGUAUCUGUACAGUGGUGGCUCCUGAACAGAACCUCUGCUCCAGAGACGCCAAGGAGGGACAGCUCCGUCAGCUACUGGAGAAGGUCCAGAACAUGUCCCAGUCCAUUGAGGUACUGAACCUGCGGACUCAGAGAGACUUCCAGUACAUCAUGAGGAUGGAGGGCCAGUUCAAAGGGCUAAGGUCAAAGUUCAGACAGGUAGAGGCCGACGGGAAGACACAGGUCAACAGAAACUUCCAGGAGUUGAAGGGUAAGAUGGAGACCCUACAGCCUCUGAUCCCGGUGUUGGAACAGUACAAGACAGAUGCCCAGCUCAUCGUCCAGUUUAAACAGGAGAUCAGGAACCUGUCCAUGGUGCUCACAGGCAUCCAGGAGGAGAUAGGAGCCUACGACUCUGAGGAACUACAACAGAGGGUCCUGAGUCUGGAGGGCAGGCUACGCAACUGCAGGAGCAGACUCACCUGUGGUAAACUGAUGAAGAUCGCUGGACCGGAGACGGUGAAGACCUCUGGGACACGGUUUGGAGCCUGGAUGACAGAUCCACAGGCCUCCCCUACAAACAAUAGGGUCUGGUACAUGGAUAGCUACACCAACAACAAGAUCGUCAAAGAGUACAAGUCCAUAGCAGACUUUGUUUCCGGGGUCGAGUCUCGAACCUACAACCUGCCGUUCAAGUGGGCCGGGACUAACCACGUGGUGCACAACGGCUCUCUGUACUACAACAAGGUCCAGAGCAACAUCGUGGUGUGUUACUGUUUCGAGACUGGGCGCGUUGUGACCCAGAGAGCCCUGGAGAACGCCGGCUUCCACAACGUCUACCCUUACACCUGGGGAGGCUUCUCCGACAUAGACCUCAUGGCCGACGAGCUGGGUCUGUGGGCCGUCUAUGCCACCAAUCAGAAUGCCGGAAACAUCGUCAUCAGCCAGCUCAACCCGGAGACACUACAAAUCCUCGGAACAUGGAACACGGAAUAUUCCAAACGGAACGCGGGGGAGUCCUUUAUGAUCUGCGGAACACUCUACAUCACCAACUCUCACCUGACUGGUGCUAAGGUUUACUACUCGUACUCCACCAAGACAUCCAGCUAUGAGUACACAGACAUCCCCUUCCAUAACCAGUACUUCCACAUGUCCAUGUUGGGCUACAACGCCAGGGACCGGGCUCUGUACGGCUGGAACAACGGACACCAGGUUCUGUUCAACAUCACGUUGUUCCACAUCAUCAAGACAGAGGAUGAAUCCUGA